UCACUGACAUAAAAAAAGUUAAACAGCGAGCUUGCUUGACUGCGUGUCACGUUUGUCCAUAGGCAUAAUAAUCUAUCAAGUUUGAUUUUUAUUUUCCAAACACACAGGAACUCUGCAUUGGAAUGAGUCGUUUGUAAAUAGUGACUAUAAAGGAAACAGUGAUUUAAGGACCUAUGCUAUGAUCAGUAAUGUUUAGAGUAACUUAAUUUCUUUUACUACCAUUUAUACCUACUGUGCGACCGUGAAGGUUGAGAAUGUUACGUCAUUUUGCUUUUAGUGUGUGAUAUAAACUUACUUAUUUUGUUCCUGCAAUGAGACGUGUUUUUAACUGAAAAAGUGUUUGUUGCUGUGCGUAAUAUUAAAAAGUGUAAUAAAUCUGAAAGCAGUGUAAACGUACAUACACCGGCUGCGACGAGAUGCCGCCAUGUUAUUUAGGAUUCGCAGUUUCGCUGUCAACUACGAAUCGCGGUUAGCCCUGAUACACUCGGAGGAUUUAUUUUCAUUCUUGUAGAACUGAUGACAUAUUUUCUUGCUCGACCUUCCUAAACGUAUCAGCGCCACGGAGCAUCAGAAUUCGGCGCUGACAGGCGCCAAACACUUCGAUGAACCAUAUAUGCCAGUACUGGCUAUUGAAGAUGCAAGAAUUGAAUCCUGUGACCUCCAACUGGGAGACACAUGGAGGGGGAUGCAAGGCAAGAUGAGCGUGACAGCGCCGGUUAAGAAGAUAAGAAAAAAGUCAGACAAUAAGCCACAAUCUCAAAUAAAUAAGUGUCACAACGAGAAGAAGCGACGGGAACUCGAAAACGAAACCAUAAAUCAGCUUGAAGAGCUUCUCGGCACCUGUCUCGCUGAAGUAAAGCAGCCGGAUAAGAACGGCAUCGUACGCGAGGCCACCCGGCAGAUCCAGGAGGUGCUGCGGCGCCGGCGGGAGUGCCCCGAGGAGUGUCCGCUGCGCGUCGCCCAGUGCCUCUCGCCCGUGCAAGCCGGCGAAGUCAGCUCCACACAGCCCUCCUGCGCUGGGUUACAUUACUCCGAGCUCACAUCACUAAUCGAGGCGCUCAAGCACUACACCGGCACCCUCGGAUGGGUUUUAUUGGAAAUAAACUCAAAGGCUGAAAUAGAAUGUAUAACCGAAAACAUUAAGGAGCUCACUCUGCAAGACAGAACAGAGUUAUACAAGAAAUCGAUAUUCUCGCUUUUGCAUGUCAAAGAUCAUGUAAAAUUAAGACCGUUGUUAAGAAAUAUACAAACCUUUAACUGGAGUUCAGGAGAAAUCGACAAAUUUCAAGCUAUACAAGCUCGUCUUCUUAUCAAAAACUCCAAUGGGACUGACAGUGCUGGGUACGCGGAGUGCGUGAUCCACGCUGCGCCAGUGCGCGGCUCGUCCUCGGAGGAGGCCGGCUCCGUCAUGUGCGUCAUCCGGCGCUGCGAGGACGCGUCGGCCGCACUUCUCCCCGGCGACGGCGGCCCGCCCGCCAUCACCGCCAAACACUCCGAUCACAUCGUCUUCAGAUUGGAUUGUAACUUCAUUAUUUUAUUUUGUGAUUUAAGUGGAGUGGAAAACUUAAUAAACACUUCUAAACCCCUGGUGGGUACUCGUUAUUUGGAACUAGUUGAGAAUUGUGAUCGUAUUCGUGUAGCCGCGCACUUACAAGAAGCCGUGUGUCUUCCCGCGCCGCCAGCUAUCAGUGAACCAUUUCGGUUGCGUAUCGCUCCUGAUAGACCUUGCUUCAGAGUCGUAGCGCGGUCACGUCUAUUCAGAGCGAAACCGUCGUCGGGCGAGCCGGAUUUUAUAAUGUCCACGCACACCGUCCUGGGCGACGAAGACAUGGAUCUCCUCGAAACAGACGGUCCUCGGCCACCAGUUGGCGGGCCACUCAUGACGUCUGUUGCAAACGGAGAAUCCUCUACGUGUGAACCACGAUAUCGGUCACCUAUAAGUCCCAAUGAUGGCAAUCCUUUUCUUAGUGAAUUCGACCUGGAACCUUGGGCAUCGUCUUUGCUCGGCGAAAUGCCGAGUGAAGACUCAAAAGACCGCAAAGAGAGUGUCCCCGAAACUCACUCGCAACCCUUAACGCCGCGGGCACCGCCGACACCGGGAGAGGGACCACCUUCAAAUCAGCCGGCCGAGGAGCCCAAUAGGCUUCGGAGUCUCCUUAGUAAGAAACCAAUGCCGGGAAACGAAGGUGCGGUGAAUUCGAACAACCGUAUACUAAAAGAUUUGCUGAAGCAAGAAGACGAAGAGGCUACAGGGAGCGAGACGUCAGCGCCGCACACACCGCACACGCCGCACACGCCGCUGACGCCGCACACGCCGCACACGCCCAGCGCCGCGCUGUCGCCGCUGCAUUCCGCGCAGCCGCGCCCGCCGCCGCACGCGCUGCACGCGCCGCACCAGCCGCACCAGCCGCACCCCGCGCCGCAGCACCAUCACAACAACUCCGACGUCUUGCUCAGGAUAUUAAAUGACAAGUCGGACGAGGAUGCCGAGGAGAACCGAAGAAAUUCUGGUGACGGGAACCGAGGCGUGUCCCAACCAAGCGCUCUGCUAUCCCAAUUGCUCUCUAGUAGUAAUGGGCCGUCUGGCAAUGGACGACAGCAGGACAACAGCGACAAUUACAUGGAAAGAAUGGCCGGAGUCAAACGCAAGUUCGAAGAAACUAACAAAGGAGCCCCUAGUAAUCCUAAAAGGGCUACGCCUGAAAACCAGCAGGUAACGUCGAGCGCGCUCCCCGCAUCAUCGGCAGCGUCAUCGACUGCCACGAGUCCGGCCACGAGCAGCAGCCCCGGCAUGAGCCAGCUGUGUCAGAAGAACCAGAUCCUGGUAUCCCUGCUAGCGCGGCAGCAGACCACGCCCACCACGCCGCUGCCCCUCCCCAACCCCAACCUGCGCGCCUACGGGCCCACCGCGCGGCCACGCCCCCCGCCGCCGCCGCAGAUGCCGCCGCAACGACAUUUGCACUCCACGCUGUCCAAUAUACUGACCGGAGCCAACCACCGGCCGAACAACAUGAACGGCGGUGGCGGCGUCCCGGCGGAGGGCGGCGGCGCGGCGCUGGGCUCGAGCCACCUGCAGAUGGUGCUGCAGAGCGGCGCGCUGGCGGCCGGAGCACGCUACCCCGCGCCGCAUGCCAUGCAGCACUACCCGCAGCAGGCGCCCGGACACGUCUACAACAACCAGCCGCAACAGACAACAAGUAAUAACGUGCGACCUCAAGGUGGUCCUGCUGGUGACAGCGAGGUACCGAGUGAUCUUACGCUGUCCGACAUUCUGGACGAGGUGAUCGAAAACAUGCCCGACGCAGACCGCCCUCAGCCCGAUGUUAAUGUGCGGCAACGACAGGGAAUGAAAGAGAAAAACGCGAUGAUCAAUGCGAUACGACAAAGCUUGAUGCAAUACGAGGCGGUGGGUAAGAGCCCUGGGGGUUCGAGCCCGAGUGCUGGGGCGGGGCCCGGCGUGGCGGCGGGCGCGGCUCCGCGGGCGGCGCCGGCCGGGUACGGCGCGCCGGUGUCGCCGGGCUCGCCCGAGCCGCGCGAGCGCUGGCGGGCGCUGCAGUGCGGCCUGCCGGGCUAUGCGGACCCCGCCCGGGCGCGGGCGCUGGUGGAGCAAGAACGUGCUCGGUUGCUGCAGCUGCAGCGAACGCAGCAGAUGCUCGUAUCACCUGAGGCUGCUGAGCAACCUCAAGCUGAUUUAGGCUCGACUAUCAACGCCCUCGUUUCCGCCACGCCCCCUAAUGUAGCUUUAACACGAACGGACUAUCACCAUCAGAUGUAUCACCAGAACAAUCAAAUGGGUCCAAAUUACGGUACAAAUAAAAUAACCACGUCGCAACAGAACCCGAUGCUCAGCCGACAGUUGAGUGUGGCGGGUUCGGGCGCGUACUCGCACAGCGGCGGCGUCUCCACGCAUACGGCGGCCGCGCUACACACGCCCAUGACGCCCGCGCAGCCCUACCACCGCCCGCCGCGCCCGCAUCUAGUGGGAGGCUACUACGAGGAGGGCGGCGCGGGCGCGGCCGGCUACUGCGGCGACUACGCGCGCUGCGGCCCGCCGCACCCGCACCCGCACCCGCACCCGCACGCGCCGCACCCCACCCUCGACCACCACGCAUGUGCGGGUAACGGCGGCGGCGGCGCGGGCGCGGGCGGCACGUCGGAGUACGUGCGCAACGAGCUGCGCGCCGUGGUGGGCGCGCGCGCGCGGCCCGAGCUGCACGCGCUGCAGCCGCCUGACAUGGACGCGCUCAUCGCCUACGACAUCACGCCGCCCGGUGGCGGCAGUGUGGUGGGGGGCCGAGCGUCCUCGGCGUCGACUAAUUCGUGGGAAUCGCAACAGAGCACCCCGAGUACUACGGAGGCGGGCUCGGCGGAGGCGGCGCGGGCGGCGGGCGGUGAUGAGGCGCGGGCGGCGGGCGCGGGGGCGGCGAGUAAGGCGUCGCUGCUGCAGAAGCUGCUGUCGCAGUGAUCGCCCGCGCCGCUGCAGCCCCGCGUCUUCGGCUGAAUUAUGCAUUUAUUAAUUUCUCGCUUCAUCGGAUGGACGUUAAUCGACGAUCCCUAGAUUCCAACGUAACGAACGUCGUCGUUCCGAGUUACGGUCUACGUGGUACCUCUGCGGCUGUAAAUCUCACUUCGUGAGAAUAAUAUAGUACAUACGCGUAUUUAUAGACAUCUAUAAUGUAGUCUAGUAGUGCUAGUGAUGUUUUCGAGUUGUAUAAAAUCGUUUCGUUGAUGAUAUAUUUACUUCUAAGUUCUUUGAGAAACUUUAGGUAUGGUCUUGUAUAAAUAUGUAUCUAUGUAUGUAUCUUUAGUUACGCUCUAAUUUUAACGAAAAACGAAUCGAUGCGAAAUUCGUAGCUUCCUGUGAUGGAAAAAAAAUAGUGAUUAAAAAUUUUUAAUUGACUCGUACGCCCAGUACACAUACACAAUGUACAAUAGAAAUAUACCGCGUGCAAUAUUGUAUAGAAAUAUUAAAUACAUAUUUUGGCGUUGUGAACGUUAUGUAUUAUAGUAUGAAAGUCAGAUGUUACCUGUUAUGACAAAGUAAUUUGUAUUAUAGUAUAUGAUGACGAGACGUCGAGUGAAAUGUUUCUCUUAUGGAGAAUAUUAUUUUUACGUGUAAAUAAUAUGUUGUUAAAUUAUAGCUGUUGCUUUAUUGUAAAUAUUUUGUUAUGAUAUUUCUUUGUGUUUCGUGUAUGGUACAAUAUUCUUUUAAUUUCAGCCCAAUUAUGAAAUUGAUUAAAUAAUUACAAAUAUU